AUGGCUCCUGGAGACCUCCAAAAUGAUAAAUCAAACAAUGAAGAUUCAGGAGCACCUGAACCAAGAGCUGUCAAGAAAAAGAAGAAAAAGAUUAAGGAAGUGGCAAACAAUUCAGGUGACACAAAUGGCAAAGAAGAGAACGUUGGAGAUUCUCAGACUGAGAUAGAAGAUCUCACCAAAGCUGGACACAAAGCUCUGCUCUCUGGCGAUUACAAUACUGCCCUGCCAUGCUUUAAAAAGGCCUUUUUGCUCUCUCUGGGUACCAAAAUAAUGACAGUCCAACGGGCAUGUGCGUUCAACCUUGGCGCUGCAUACGUGGAAACUGGGAAGCCAGAGAAAGGACUGGAGUUUUUGCUAAAGUCACGGCCCAAGGAGGGAGAAGGAGAAUGCACGGGGGAUCUUUACUUUAAUCUUGGUACAGCUUACGAGUCCAUGGUGGACUACCCUAAAGCACUGGAAAAUUUCCGUAAAGCCAUUCCUCUUUACCAGCCUUCCAAUAUGGGAAGCGAAGCCGACACACACAUGAAGAUGGCAUACUGCUAUUUAGGGAUGAAGGAUAUGGUGCGAGCCGCGCAGUGCUUCUACGAUGCUGGAGAUCUUUACCUACAAGCUCAUAAGUUGGACACAGCAGCGGUGGCCCUGAAUGAAGCAGCUAACUACAUGCUGCAGUGUGAAUGCUACGAUUCAGGGCACGUCCUCCUAACCCUUAACGAGACCCGUAUGAUAUGUGAUCACAUUACGAGAAAAGAACUGCUCAGUAUGUAAAAUAUUUCAUCUUAAUUAUCUUUUUAUUUGAUCAAUCUCCAAAGUAUUCAAUAAUGCAAUGAAAUGGAUGCCAAAAUCUUGUAUUGUUGUUAAAGGAACACUAUAGGGCCAGGAACACAAAGAUCUAUUUCUGACCCUACAGUGUUGCAAACACCAUCUAACUCCCCUGGUCUUUCCUUGUCACCCUAAAUAUAGAAAAAUCUUACUUUUGAUCCAGUCUGCUACUGCUUGCUCUGCCUCUGAUCUGCUUGCUUGGCUGACAUAAUCAGAACUGUUAAUCAAAAGCCAAUCCGCCUUCCCCUUUCUCAAUGAGAAAGUGUGUGCUUGCAGCACCAGCACAGAGGCUUCUCGGAAAAGCUUGCAAAGGUGUUUUUCCAUAUACCCCCCAAAAAAUAUUUAUAAUAAAUUAAUGCUUGGUUUCUUUGGGGGCAUAACUACUAAAUUGCUAAACAAAAUUGUCAAUGAAGUGUUCUGUUAAAGUUAGAAAUGCAGACUGUACCAAUAGUAUUAAGUUAUUAUCAGAAUGCCCUCCUAAUAAAUGCAAAAUAAGGGGCAGCGCUUAAUGGUUAACAACACUUAAAGAUUUAUUCACUAACAUGAUUAAUGAUAGUAAUAGCAAAUUGUAAGGGGUUUAUUAAAAAAACUUAAAGGACAGCUGUCACCUCAAAAAUCUUUUUAACAUAAUAAUCCUUUCAUCAGUUUGUGUUUAAAACUAACAGUUAGUCUCUAUAGUCAUCCGUGCUUCUGUGCAGGGAGUGACGCAGGGAAGAUCAUAGAGACUAACGGGGUUAUUGAAUAAAGUGACUGCAAAUACGAACAUUGUUCAUGCUAUUUAACAAGUGUAACGGACCGCCUGGCACCCCGGCCGGGUACCUCCGUCAAUCGCUGCUUGCUAGUUCUUGCGAGUACAUAAGCAUGGCACUGGGACACCAUAACCACAGUAAACCCCACAAACCGCCGCAGCUUGGUUGGGGUCUCGCCGUCCUCCACCCAAACUGGACUCAAGACCAAGAUCCAGCUUCCAGUGGGUAGACCUCUCCUAGCCAGAGAGCGUAGCAGGAACAGCUCUUACAAGAACUAGUGAUUAUACUCAGGGGAGUAUUGUGAUAUAGCAAUCUCCAGAGUGUAUGUAGUUCUCCAAUCCCCCCAAACAUGAGCCAUGACUUCAUGAAGGGGUAAACAAAUCUCUCUCCUCUGCUUGGCAGAUAAUUGGAUCGGUAACUGUACUCAGGGCUGCCAUCAGACAUUUUGGGGCCCCUGACACAGUUCAAAGUGUGGGCCCCCUGGGCCUGCCCCUGAGUCUGCCUCCGGGGGCCCAUUCUGAGUCCGCCCACAAGGAUGCCCUGUGUGGUGUGUAAAAUGGAUACAGACUGCACAUUUGUAAAAUGCAUGUAGUUUUGUGUGUUUUAGAUAAAGUGUGUGUUUGUGUAGUGAAAGCAGAGUGUUUGUGUUGUGGUUUUAGUGUGUGUAUGGUAAAUGCUGUGUGUGUUUGUGUUGUGGUUUUAGUGUUUGUAUGGUGAAUGCAGUGUUUGUUUUUGUUGUGGUUUUAGUGUGUGUAUGGUAGAUUAGUGUGUGUAUGGUGAAUGCAGUGUGUGUUUGUGUUGUGGUUUUAGUGUGUGUAUGGUGAAUGCAGUGUGUGUUUGUGUUGUGGUUUUAGUGUGUGUAUGGUGAAUGCAGUUUGUGUUUGUGUUGUGGUUUUAGUGUGUGUAUGGUGUAUGCAGUGUGUGUUGUGGUUUUAGUGUAUGUAAAUGUGUAAAAUAGGUUGCUGCAUUUGGGGGCGGGGGGUGUGAGGGGAGCCUUUUUGGUGGCAUUUACAUUUUAUUCCCCCCUCCUUGCUUCUUACCUGGCCAGGGAGGUGGGAGAUCGCAUCCCUGGUGGUCCGGUGGUAAAGUGGAGGGAGCCAGCCGCUGUAGAAUGUAGACGGGGACCAGCCAGCACAUCUUCACUUUCCAGCAACUCCUGCCUGUAACUCUCGCACAGGAGCUGCUGGAGAGUUAAGAUGUGCUGGCUGGUCCCCGUCUACAUUCUACAGGUAGCCGGGGCCCGAGGUGAACAUAUAGAUAGCGAUAAUCGCACAAAAGGAAUGUGGGGCCCGGGACUCCCAGAGCAGUCCAGGCCCCCUAGGACCGCCGGGCCCAUGACAACCGUUAUGGUUGUCAUGCCCUGAUGGCGGCCCUGAGUCUGUACUAAUUUUAAUCCAAUUAUCUCCAAGCACAGAAAAAACACACUUUUUAAAAACACCCCAAAAGUACCUUAAAAUACAAAAAACCCUUAUCUGGGUGACCAACAUAUCCAAAAAUCACCCAGAUCAGUUCAGGAAUUUCUUAUUUUAUUUUUACCCACCGUGCACAUGGUCCCAUGCCCAAAACAGUUUCAGAGAAUUAGGGCUAACGGUCGGCCUCUCUGUCUGGAGUACAAAAGUACUUCACAUGAACAGUGCCUUUAAAAGUGCAUUGGGCAAGGUAUAUUGCAGGGCCCAUAGUCCUGAGGCAAGAGGCUGGCCAGCAGGCCCCUCCAAGAACCCGUGACGAGGUUCAGUUCGUCACAAGUUCGUCACAAGGGCCAUAAUCACAUGGUAGGAGGCUGGCAAACAGACCCCUCCAAAAGCCAAUGACGAGGUUACUUUCGUCACAAGUCUGGAUUUUUUUUAUUCGGGACUCAAACUGGCCUGAAUUUUACACGCAUUUCAGCUAGAAAAAAAACCAUUGGCCAGCUGAAACCGCACUGCAAAUCAAGGUUCGGAUAUUAAAAAAAGCCAACACGAUAAGUCAACCAAUCAGAGCGCUCAGACAGCCAAGUCUCACUUCUCUUGAGACGUGAUACAUUAUGGCUGUAAGAUCCUAUCAAGGUAGGGAUGAGUUUUUCUAAUUUUCUUACAUAAACUUUGUUUUAAAAAAAAUUCGGUUUCCUUUCAAUUUUUAGUUUAAAGGAUUAUUCAAUUAAAAAAGAUUUUUGAGGUGACAAUUAUUCCUUUACCAAUGUAACGAACUGAAAUAUGACAUUUGAAAUGCAAAUCUUGGCAAAACGGUCUGAUUUGGAAAAAACUCUAAGUCUGCUUUAAUCGCGGCGUGGCAAUCUGUUUCAGCCAUCAUAUCUAAACUGAAAAUAAAUCCCCGAGUCAAUUUUGGACUAAAAUUUGAAAUUCACUAAUACUUUAGAAAAAAAGACUGUAGUACUGAGAUUUUAAGCGACAGAACAUGUAAAAAAAGAAUCUAUAAACAUUAUAUGAUACUGUAAUUUAAAAUAAUAAACAAACUAAUUUAGCAUGAAACAGUUUGGUAUUAGGACCCAUUGUUUUGACAUCUCCAUUGAUCACACCUCCCCAUCUUUAAAUGUCCAUUUUUCAGAUGGGGAGCAUCACAAAUAGGCAAGCAAAGUAGGGGGAGUAGGGGGACUGGAGCAGAGGGACACUACAGUGUUAGAAAAACAGUUUUGUAUUCCUAACAUUAUAGUGGUCCUUUAAGUAUAUUUAAAGGGACACUAUAGUCACCUGACCAACUUUAGCUUAAUGAAGCAGUUUUGGUGUAUAGAACAUGCCCCUGCAGCCUCACUGCUCAAUCCUCUGCCAUUUAGGAGUUAAAUCCCUUUGUUUAUGAACCCUAGUCACACCUCCCUGCAUGUGACUUGCACAGCCUUCCAUAAACACUUCCUGUAAAGAGAGGCCUAUUUAGGCUUUCUUUAUUGCAAGUUCUGUUUAAUUAAGAUUUUCUUAUCCCCUGCUAUGUUAAUAGCUUGCUAGACCCCGCAAGAGCCUCCUGUAUGUGAUUUAAAGUUCAAUUUAGAGAUUGAGAUACAAUUAUUUAAGGUAAAUUACAUCUGUAUGAAAGUGAAACCAUUUUUUUCUUACUCAAUCUUGAUUUAUUCCUCAUUGUCUGUGAGGUUUAAUCAGUAAAUGGGAGUUGUUAAGAAUUAAAAAAGUAAUUGUAAUUUUUAAAGGGUUACUCCAAGCAGCAUGACGACUUCAGUGAUUUGACGUGGUCGUGUUGCCCAGAAUUUGUAGCUUUGCAAUCACUGGCCACAUAGGACCCUUGGUGUCUGGUAGGGACACAGGUAAGAGGGCAAACCGUUGCGAUACAGUUUGCCCAAUUACUGGGAAACAAGACCAGGGAACUUGCAGCAUUAUAAUAAUUACACCGGGCUGUAGUGGUUAAUCUAAAAUAGCCCGAGCUGGAAAAAUAACUGAACUGCAGAUAUGUUUCAUAUCGCUAUUUGUGCCUAACGUUACAAUUCCCCUGUCCAGUGUUCAUAAUUCCCCGUUUAUAUCACCACUUUUUGUAGCAAGUGUAACAGAAACUAUGAUGUUUAUUCACUAAAUACCAAAUUGUGGUGAAAACAUUGCAAAAUGUAAGAAAAAAUAGCCAAGCUGUGACGAGAGAUGAGUUGGAGAAUGUUUCCAAAUUAACCCCUUUUUUGCAUAAAAUUUUGCGGUUUUCAAUGCACUGCUAUUAAGUGUGAAUAAACCACAAAAUGUACUCCCUCUCUCUAACCGGUACGAGCCCUAAUGCUAGUGAUGGCACUGCCAAUGUUUCUACCAGAACUUUCUGUGCCUCCAAGCACUUGUCUUGUAAAGCUGAACCAGCAGAAGACUAGAUUUAAUCAAACAUCCAACCAUAGUCAAUCUACGGCUGGCUUCCAAGCCUCACAGAGAUAGGGAUAAAUGGCCUCCUUUCUCGUAGACAAGAGAGCUCUCCUUAUGGUCAGCCCUGACCAAGACCACCGCACCAUAACCUUCUCCACUUAGAAGCUCACUAUGAUUAAUCUCUCUCUUGCGUUUCAGGUCGAUUGUACAACGACAUUGGCCUGAGUUACGCCCAGUUGAAGGUCUUCUCGUUGGCCGCAGAGUGUUUUCAGAAAGCCCUACUUUUCUGCCAGGAAGAUGGGAUGGACAGGGACAAGGAAGCGGUGGUUUUACAGAACCUCGGAGCUGCAUACAAUACCCUGGAACAAUAUGAAGAAGGCUUGACGUUUCACAAGCAAGCAGCAUCUCUACACAGUAUGUUAUGACUAACAAAUUAAGGCUAUCAUCUUCUUAAUAGCUUUCUGGAACAUGUCGUAAUGAUUAUAACAAGGGCAUGCAAUACAGGUUGGGGUCCAGUAAACAAUUACAACAAAAAACUCUAUGGUAACGUAAACUGGUCGUGAUUUAUAUCAUACUUGCAUCUCUUCAUAGAAAAUGAUUGCGGUGAAUGCGACACAUGUACUGUGUGCCCUCAAUGUUUCUGUGUUGGGCAAAAGUCACUGAUGGCUUCACUGGAGAACAAUGAGUAAAAAAUAAAGCAACAAUGAGUUUAAAGCAACACUCUAACAUGAAAUAUUAACAUAUUUAUUUUUAAUAGUAGAAUGUUCCUUAGUAGAUUUAGAUUAUUGGGCUUUUAAAAUAAAAUAUGUUUUUUUUUACUGAGAUUUUAUCCAGAGCUAGGCAGUCUCCCUCCUGCAGCCAAUCCUAUUCUUCUGAGAUCCCAAUGAUUUCUAAUCCAAUUCAAUGCUUUUCAUAGUGCUAGGGACCUGCUGGACGUGUGUGGCAAUUGAUGCGCCCAGUCAAUCAGAUGCUUCUCAUACUGAAACCAAUCCAUUUUAUUAAGAUGAAGUGGUUUUGGUUGUUACAGUGUCUCUUUAACAAAUUACAUACUGUAAAACUGAUUUUGACCCAGCAGAGGGCACCAAAUAGCCAUAUUUCACAGAGGUAUAUAUUCUAGUUAAAGUGAAAUUGGAGUCAACAAAUAAUGUGCAUUUUAAUAAGUAUUACAUUGUGCUGGUGGAAUCGGCAACUGGCUUAUAAAUUAAAAUAAUAAAUAAGUAUGUUUCCUCCGCAUCAUGUAGCCAUUAAAUUAAUGUAGCAGCUACACAUUCCCUCUCCAUUAUGUGAUCAUCUUCCCACAAUUACGGAUAUUUACAAACUGGGAAUUGUCAGGUAUUCAAACUGAACUCAAAGAAAUGUUCACAUGUUCCCUAAAAUAUCAAUUUUACUUUUAGAUCCUUACAAUUGACACAUUAAGAGUUACUCUAAUUACAUGUAACCCCUCAUUCUAACCAGCCACAUGUUCCUCCGUCCCAAGAACCUAAAUAAAACAAACAUUCCGAGCACCAUAAACACUACAGUGCGCUGUCGUGGGAAAGCUAUGGCGACCCUGCAUUGUAAGUAGUCAAACCAUUUUCACUUCUUACCCGGGUCCACCACAACUCCAGCUGACUGUCUGAUAUAGUGGAGAUAAAGAGCAGUACGUGGUGGACCCCAGGUAAGGAGUUAUACCGUAGUAACCCAGGACACCAUAAACACUAUAGACUGCUGUAGAGGUCAUGGUGCUUGGAGAGUUGCUUUAAUUAUAUAUAAACUAAUUGUAUAGAAUGUUUUAUGGAAAAUAAUGAAAUUAAGGGGUUCUAAAAUAUUAAUAGCCAGAAGACUGAAACAAGAGUCUCCAGAACCCUGACAGGGCAUUAUUUUCCCUUAACACAUGCACAUGCUUAAGAGUUAUGUGUCUUUUAUAUUAUGUGUUUACGAAUAAUAUAUAUAUUUAUAAAACUCAUAUCAUUGCCAAGGACCAGAAAACAAGUAGAUGACAAUAAGCUAAUAGCUGCCUCUAUCUGCUAAUCAAUGUAAUAAAAUGAAAUAAGUAAUGUUUCCUAAUUUUACAGAUAUAAAUUAACUCCUCUAAAUGUGAGCUGAAGCAGUCGUUUUUCUUUAAUAUAUAUUUCAGGAAUGCAUUCAGUUACGGAUGUAGGACAUGUUUAUUAAACAUAAUCAGUAAUGUUUUUAAGGUCUUCUGGGGAACCGUCGAGCCCAAGGUCAGUGUUUUGGAAACCUGGCUUUUGCUUACAGUCAGCUCGAGGACCACGAGGCAGCGGGAGAGAAUUAUCUUCAUUCUCUGCAGGCCUUCAAGGAUUCAGGUAUGGGCUGGGCAUUCUACGAUGAAGAAUUCUGACUUGUAUUGGAGAGCCUUCCUGUAAAAACACAGGAGUUUACUUGACAGAAUAUUUUAAACGUGAAAAAACAAAAGGCUGAUACUGGUAUCUUAUCUAACUUCAGGAAAGAUUGGCCUUCAUGUUUAUUUUCAUUGUAACAUAUUUUAUCGGCUUGGCCGACCUUGAUAUAAGAAAGAUAUGAGCUUUGAAGGGAAACAAAAUUAAUAUGGUUUAGGGGUGGUGGGAAAUGCCGCAUGUUCUAAUAUUGUCUUGGUGGUGAUUUUUGUCCAACAGAUGAUGUCCAUGGCCAAUGGCAGGCGUGCGAAGGACUUGGAGCUGCAAGAUUCCGUCUUGGCGAUCCAGAGAAAGCCGUAUUUUAUUACAAACAAGCUCUGGCUUUACUCUCCAAAGCCAAGGUAUGAUUCCACUUAUGAAUAUGACUCUUGAAAAAAAUAAAUGAAAACUGAAACAUUCCUUCUAGUGAUAAUAAUUAUUAGCAAAUAGAGAGAAAUAGAUGGCGGACAGCCAAAUCCUACUUCCUUUGGGACCAAUUUACAAAUCAAUUAGGAUAUUUCACCUUUCCAUUCAGCCUGCUUGUAGCUCAUCAGUUAAUGAGGUGCUCUUAUCCCGACGAUUAUAAACAGUGCUUAGCGGAGAAUAAAUAUAAGGAAUGACAAAAUAACCGAAUCAAUUCUUCAUCUCUGGUUUUUUUUUUUUUGCAUAAAAUUUUCUAUUCUCUUCUUACUUCUGUACAAUUCGCCUGUUUAGUAAAUGAACCUUUUAGUUUACGGAUGUCCUACAUCUGUGAUUGGGUCUUAAGAAAGCCAUUGGACGGUCAUGGUGUCGUUUGAUAAAUCAGAGGCUUGCUUUGCUCAAUAAGCAAACAAUCUCUGCCUCCAGUGAGUCUGUGUUUCUGUCAUACAGGAUGUUUCUGAUGCGGUCCAGGAGAGGAUUGUGAACAAACUGACUGACGCACUUCAGCGCAAGUUGUCCGUAAACAGUUGUCUUUCCCAUGGUGGCGGAAUAAUUCCUGCUGCUCCUCUUGUAAGUCACGCAUCCACCGGUAAUUGUUAUUAUUAUAAAUGAUUUUAUCUAACGUAUGCAAAGCUUUUUGCAAACUAUGUAAAAAAAAAAGUAAAAACUGUCUUUGUUUCUAUCAGCCUUUGAUGACGAUACAUAUAAUUUUUCCCCUGCACAUUGAUCACAGUUAUUUAUAUGCAGUGAGCUCCCAUCAUGGAUUCAAAUACAUUUUGCAUUAUGGUCAGUUGCGAUCAGCCGUAAGUACUAUUUCUGCUUGAAUAUAGGUUUGUGUUGGUAACACCCAAUGACAGGCAUCAUGCCCAAUUCACUUGUGCUCAAGCAGUAAUAGUUUUGCAAUGCAAACAUUACGUUAUGAUAUGAUAUAUCGCUCACUCUCAGAGAAUUAGAUAAGCAUUUGGAAUAGCGAAUAGCAGAAUUCUUCUAAUAUUUCAAUCAGAAAAGGAAAGACAAUCAAAGUUAUUCACUACAGUGAGAAUUCAGAGUGAUUUUUUUUUUUAUCUCCCUGCUUGCACGAGGAGGGUCCGCACAGAGUCAGAUCUCCGGGUCCCUGGCUGAGCCUUAGGCGCCUGCUUUGUUCUCCUAAUGGUUAUUCUUUCUCUGUUUAGAAGUCAUUAUUCACACUUGCAGCGUUAAUUACUAAAGUUAGAAUUCAAUGAGAAUUCGUACUGAAUUUCAAAUUUAAGGGCAAUGUAGAUGAAUAUUUAACAUGUUCUUUUAGGGGAACUGUUAUAUUGAAGCGUGAUGAACCAGAGAUUUUUCACGCUCGUUUAAGCUAAAAAAGGGGCUGAGAUUAUAAUAAAUAAAAUUAAUGUGUUUUUCAGAAAUCGUUCCCAGGAAAGCAGCAAGGGGCAAACCAAAUGAGGUACACCACAGAUAUGAAUAAUGGCUACGGCAACGUACCACAGAGCUUGCCGCAGGAAAACCGUCGGUAAGCACCACUCGGAAACUCGCUUUUACCUCCACUAAUAGUUCACCAAAAAGUAUUAUGCCAAGUGUAGCGGAGAGCUGCUAUCACACAGGCUAAAUCCGCUGUAGAUCCCAGUAUGGCUUAGGAACAAGCAAUAAUCCCAGGCACAGUACCCACAGUGAGAGAAUAAUCCAGCACUAUAACAAGCACCAUCAGCAGUAAAAUCCAGUAAUAUCCCAUCACCUUUCCCAAUAACUGGACGACACACAGUAUCAGAAGCAGAACUGAACUUUAAUCACACAACCCCCUGCUUUUAUGCAAUCCUCCCAUGCAAGGGAGACACCCACAAUAAUUAGUACAGUAACCAAUUAGGUAUAACGUACAACCCACACAUCUCCUCCCCUCAGAUUAUCAGUUAACAUAAUUAAAAGGUACACAAUUUUCCCCACGUUCUGGAUGUACCCCAAAUACCUAGGGUAGACCUCGGGAGUUAUGGUGGUUUAAAGUUUUGACCGACCGCACAGGCAACAGCAGCCGAAAAUAGUUCCAUAAGUUUUGUCCUUGCGGUCGGUCUCUUUUUAUAUUUUAAAAGUCCCGAAAUACAUGCCAUCCAGGGUUGAUCUUGUAUUCGCAUAAAUCCCUUAGUGUGAGAGAGUCUUUCUACGGUUGUUUUAGCACAAAUCUAUGGGAGUCUGGAGGUCUCAGCGGUGUUUGCUUAGACGAGUGUCCGAUUUUAGUUCCAGACACUCGACGGCAAAACACCGCUGUUCAGGAGUUUAAGAUGGCUGCUGCCACGUGUCAAAUUUCCGAAAUGGCGGCCACCCAGGGACUUAACAAAGUGUUCGUGAGUUUCCCACAAGAGGCAAUAAAAACGAAUUGGGAGGUUAACUGAAGUCACACUUAUGCAUCAAGGUGGUCCGGUGUUCAGUAGUUUGUGUUCGUAUGGUGAAUGAAGUAUUUCAGUACAGUUUAUGGGAACAACUAGACAAACGUUUUAAUUCACACAAAAGUCUAUGGGGAAAACAAUGAGCGGGGAAUAUGCUGGACAGCCAGGUGGAUUUCGCCACACUAAGAUGAGGCCCGCCAUAUGCUAGCAUCGUAAGCACACAAUAACAAGUGUAUUUAUUGGAGAAGACCAGCCUUGAAUCCAACUCAUAACCACAUACUACGACUUACCCAACCUCCUUAUUCCAUACACCUAUGACUCCAAUAGCAAAUUGUCAUUACACAAAUAUAUACUAGUGAAAAGGGAAAACAUUGGGAACAUACUUUAUGAUAUUAUCUGACAUUUAGAUCCUACAGAAUGAGUAGAAAGCCUAGUCAUCUAUCUCAGCCUGACCGCGAGCUUCGUGGACGAGCAGAAGAAAAUUCUGAGGCUAGCCAUCAAGUCAUGGUCUGGAGGGAAAAUGUCCAGCUUGCGGCAGAGAAUACGAAUCUGGGUAAGGUAUACCUCAGCACACAUUUUACUAUAGAUGCACUCUGUAUUAUUUGUUAAUGACUAGGCAUUAACUAGCAAAAACAGGAACAAGCAGUGGUCAGGAAUGGUAGAAAUCUGGAUAUUCAAAUAACAAGCCUAGGGUCUGUACAGGUAGCAGACAGACAAUGGUCAAAUGAAAGGCCAAGUCAAACCCGGUAAACAAUAGAAUGGAAUUCCACAUCACCCUACUGACAGGCUACUGGUCCACCCCCGGCCUACCAUGCAUGGAACGCUGCUGAAGCUCGGGGUCUUGCCCAACACAUGUCCACCCUGCUUGGCAGUCAUGCUCCGACCUCUAGAAUAAGGGCUUUAUUUUACUAUAAUAAUAUUAAAACUGCUUCUUUAAACUCAAUGAGUAAAGGAUUUAAGGAUACAGACCCAUAUACCUCUGUUUUUGGGUCCAGCAGUAACCAGUGCCAGGCCUGAAUUCUAUAACCAGAGACAAGUCUAACUCUGGUGAGUGAAUACAAAUACCCAAACAUUUCAGUCCACGAGUGAUAUAUUAAUCUCUGGCUAAAGAAUGAAGUUCCAUCACUGUAAAGUUUCCAUGUUCGUAUAUAUCUAAUGCUGCCUUUACCUAUAGCAAAGAAUGCAGAAUUCUGUUCAGAAUAGAAACACUUCCCAACGAGUAUUUUAUUGACUAAUCCAGUACUAGUGCAGAGAACAAACCAGUUUUGCUGUUUUUUUCAGCGGAUGCAGGCGAGGACAACGAUUCGGAUACUCUCACAGUGGUGACCAAUGAAUAUUCGGAGGACUGUGAGCAGCCAGACUCAGCUGCCGCCUCGUACAGAAACCACCCCAUGGCCAACAGGUGACUUAGCCACGUACUGAGUGUGCACUAUAGACAUACUCUGUGUCAGUCAGUAACAAUACAAUGUUUCACUUCCAGCAAUCUGAAUAAUACAUACCUGCAUCCAGACCCACUUUACCAGAACUGCAUUCACAACGGCACCCUGUGCAACACCCAAAAAAGUAAGUACACCCCUGCAACCAGAAUGAGACUCUCAAUGCAACAUCACUCUUGAUUGACGCCUGAACAGGUCUGGCUGUCAGUCUGUACCUACUAAUUCAGGAGUUGGAAACCUCCAGCACAUCAGAUGUCAUGGACUACAUAUCCCCUGAUGCUUUGCAAGCAUUAUGGCUAUGAGGGCAUUAUGGGAGAUGUAGUCCACAACAUCUGGGGCGCUGAAGGUUGCCUUCUUCUGCUCUACAUACUGUGGAAGUUAAAGGGAGGAGUAUAAUCCAUUAAAAAAAAAAAAGCACAAUAUUUAACACAACUUUUUCCCCCCAGAAUGCCUUGCACCGUAAUCCUAUAUAUUCUAUACAAAACCUGUAAAUUCUGAUUCCAUUGUAACUUAAUUUAAUUUGUGCUAAGAGCAUUUUUUUCACUAUAUACUGCUCCAGUUUUCAUAGAUUUCAAUUAAUAAUCAUGGCAUUGCUGCUAUCGUUUUAUUAAACCGUUUCAUUCACCCCAUAUGAUGAGUGAAACAUCUGCUAGAGGUUAAACUACUUAUCCCAUAAAUUCCUACUGGACACAAGUUGAUGGUAUAAGAUCGGGCCCCACAGACCAGAGAUGCUAUUGUGCAGCUUUAUGAUUUCCAAUAGUGAUUAUAAUUAUUUCAUUGUUUCUGCACCAUUUUUUAAUGCAUUAUCUACAUAAUACAUUAAAAAAGGGAGGGGGAGACCAAUUUUACAUAUAGCUCCCUUUAAACAUAGCUUCCAUUUACGUAGAUUCUGAAUAUUUUAUUUACCUUACUAACUGAUCAAGAGCUACAUUAUAACACAUACAUGUUUUCUUACAGGCAAUCAUGACUAUGAGACCCUGAAGCUAAUGACAAUGAAAUCAGGGAGGUAAGGACAAUUUAAGGAAAACGUGUUUGGUAAAAAUCCUUUCGAAUGGUGUAUAAUUUUAGAAUAGGGGGAAUAUAUAAUUCUUGUCUUGAAACAGGAAACAGCCUAAAGCUGCUGAAGGACAGAGGUUAGACACCCCUGAUUUUUCAAUAAACACUCAGGUUGGGGUUGGGUGGGUAUUCAAUGAUAGCUAUCAUCAUAUCCAAAUGGACUUAAUGAAGAACUUAAAUAACUCUUAGAUGGACACUGACGGCACUAGGCCCAUUAUAUCUCAUUCAAUUGGUUAUAGGUUAUAGUGUCUGUAGUUCCCUGGUGCUGUCCCUCCAUUGUGUGCUAAACCAUUUUCUAGCAGUUAAAGGUCCAUGACAAACCACAGCCUUGGUCCCUACUACAGUUAAGGCAGAUAUUACACACUUGAAUUUGGCCAUACCAAUUCAUACCACCAAUGGGCACUGUGAUAGGCUGAAAGAGGUCAGCUGACGCUAUCAGCCAAUCACAGCAAGGAUGGGCUGCUAGGGACUCAAGUUUAGCUUUAAAACAUUAUACCGGUUUAAUGGUGAAUGGGGAGACAGCACCAGGGGACACCAAAAACUAUAACCACUUCACUGAGAUGAAGUAGUUACACCUUCUACAGAGUCCCUUUAAACUUACCUGUAAUCAGCGCCAUGUCAGACUCCUCCUCCUGUGAAGUCAUUAAUCCUGAUAACUAUUAUCCAAUCAGAUGCUUCUCAUAGAGAUUUAUUGAGGACACGAUCUGUCAAUCCAGUGCUUCUGUCAAUGGUUGGAUAAAUAAUGUGAAAAUGAAACUUCUCUAUUAUCUAAAUAGCAGGCAAAGGGCCAGACUUUAGGAGCAGGAAGCCCAGUUUUGCACCUUAACCACUACAAUAAGCUGUACUAGCUAUGGUGCUUAUAGUGUCCCUUUCAAGAAAUGUUACGGUGAGUUUUAUGGCUGUUAAAAACCCCAACAGGCACAGUCACAUAUGAAAGCAUACUUGUACUUAUGUAUUGGGUUUUUUGUUGGCGCAAAUUGCCAGAAUCCAUAAAUCAAUGGCUGUUUGACCAAUCAUUCCUUCUUCUGUUUCAGGAUAGAGGGAGAAUCUGCUCUUUGUCCUCAUCAUUCCAACAUGCCAGAAUCCCCCUCAAAACCACGUAAAUCCCGGCUUCAUUCUAGAAUGUGUCGCGUCAUGUGA